ACACUUGAAUCAACCACAACAGCCGAUGAAAUCACGUUGUGUGUUCUUUAAAGAUGCGAUACUCCACGGGAUGGACAUAAAUAAUUGUUUGUGACGGUAAAGGCUCCUGUGUGUAUACGUGUUGUUGGAUAACGAUGGGGACCAGCACGAAAACUCGAACAACGGACUGCUCCUGGUUUCUUUUGGCACUACUGCUGCUUUUCGGAAAACAGGCUUUGGCUCAGACAAGGUACUCUAUUCCAGAGGAGGUAGAAGAGGGAACUGUUGUUGGAAAUGUUGCGAAGGAUAUUGGCCUUGACAUCACCUCUUUGAAUGAUCGACGGUUCCGAGUCGUGGUGUCUGGAAGUAAGGACCCUUUCUUUGAAGUAAACCAGAUCAAUGGGGCAUUGUACGUUCAAAAGCAUAUUGACAGAGAGGAGCUCUGUCAGGGGAGCGGUGCUUGUCUAAUAGAGCUAAAAAUCCUUGUUGAAAACCCUUUGGAAAUACACUAUGUAAUCGUAGAAAUUUCUGAUGUAAAUGAUCAUUCUCCUAGUUUCCCCGAGAAAGAACAGAUAUUUGAAAUAUUUGAACAAACACUGCCAGGAAGGCGAUUUCAACUACACACUGCUCGUGAUCCCGAUGCGGGAAUUAACUCAAUACGUACAUACACUUUGACGCCAAAUGAACAUUUUGAAGUAAAUAUUCGUGAAAGCGAUGCGGGUAAAAUACCAUUUUUAGUGCUGAAGAAAUCGUUAGACAGAGAACAAAAGGACAAACACACGCUGCUGGUUACAGCAGUUGAUGGAGGAAAACCUCAACGAUCAGGCACACUAAAUGUUUCUAUUAUUGUUCUGGACAGUAAUGAUAACCGUCCAAUGUUUAGUCAGGAGGUUUAUCAAAUUACAAUACAGGAAAAUGUUCCCGUCGGUACUUCAGUGUUUAGAAUGAAUGCCACAGAUCCCGAUUUAGACUCUAACGGGGAUAUUGAAUACAACCUUGGAAAAACCUUGAGGCGCAAAGUGUAUGAUAUUUUUGAGUUGGACAAAUUAACUGGAGAGAUUAGAAUAAAAGGUGUAGUGGACUAUGAAGAAAACGACGUAUACGAACUGGACGUUGAGGCAUCAGAUAAAGGGACACCUCCAUUAACCGGUGAGUGUAGAGUCAUUAUAAAGAUAUUAGACGUUAAUGAUAAUCCACCAGAAAUAGAAGUCACAUCGCUGUCAAAUACAGUGUCUGAAGACUCAAGCCUGGAACAGUUAUUUCACUUAUUAGUGACGGAUAGAGACACAGGUGUCAAUGGAAAAAUUAUUUCGCACAUAUCCAAUGACGUACCUUUUGAACUAAAGCCCUCUUACAAGGAAAACACGUACUCAGUUGUCACAAAGCGAUUUUUGGAUCGAGAGGAGGUGUCACAUUAUGAAAUAACAAUAAAAGCCACCGACUGUGGUGAACCUCCCUUAUCUAUUGUUAAAACUCUGAGCAUCCAGAUAUCAGAUGUAAAUGACAACAGACCGCAAUUCUCUCAAAAUACAUUACAGUUUUAUCUGAUAGAAAAUAACGUAGCUGGAGCGUCGAUAUUCUCCGUGAGCGCAACGGACAAAGACUUAAAUGACAACGCAGUUAUUUCAUAUCACAUUGUGAGAGAAGGGAGCCAAAAUGAUAUAAUGUCUUUCCUCAACAUAAACUCUGAAAACGGAGACAUUUUGGCGCUAAAAAGUUUCGACUUUGAAACUCUGAAAACGUUCCAGUUCCAAGUUGUUGCCUCCGAUUCUGGAACUCCGUCACUGAGCAGCAACGUCACAGUGAACGUGUUCAUUCUGGAUCAGAACGACAACGCUCCAGUCAUCCUGUAUCCAGUCAGCUCUAACGGUUCUGCUGAAGGUGUGGAGGAGAUUCCCCGCAAUGUGAACGCAGGACACUUGGUGACUAAAGUCAGAGCCUAUGACGCUGAUAUAGGAUAUAACGGCUGGUUACUCUUUUCACUGCAGCAAGUCACUGACCACAGUCUCUUUGGUUUGGACCGCUAUACAGGACAGAUCAGAACACUUCGCUCCUUCACAGAGACAGACGAGGCUGAGCACAAACUGCUCAUACUGGUCAAAGACAAUGGGAACGUGUCGCUCUCAGCAACAGCUACUGUGGUGGUCAAACUUGUGGAGCCCAAAGAGGCUUUUGCAGCUUCUGAUGUUAAAAGUUCAGCCAAAGAUGAGGAGGGGACCGAUGUGACUUUUUAUCUGAUGAUAACUUUGGGCUCAGUUUCUGUACUUUUUCUCAUCAGUAUCAUCGUGCUGAUUGCAAUGCAGUGCUCUAAAACCACAGACUAUACUUCUAAAUAUCUGCAAGAGACUAAUUAUGACGGGACACUGUGCCACAGCAUCCAGUACAGAUCUGGAGAGAAACGGUACAUGUUAGUUGGACCCAGAAUGAGUAUAGGAUCUACUAUAGUCCCGGGCAGCCACGCGAACACACUAGUGCUCCCUGACAGGAGGAGGGGAUCUGGAGAGGAUACACGAGUCCGCCCCGCACUACCUUCAGUCCGGUUAGACAACACUGAGCUUGCAGACUUCGAAUAA